AGCUUGUGUCGUGGGAAGUAGCGCUUUUAUAGACUUAUCAUCUCUCGUCAAAAACCCAGCCUCAAUUCUCACCCACACAAUUAAAACCCACGGCCACGGAUAUCAAUUUCCGCCGAGGUUCAAGGAAAUUAAGUGUGCAGAUGAUGCUGUCCUUGACCACUUUUCCCCCUCCUUGCCGACAUCGGUCUCUCACUCUAGUCAGAUGCAGCUCCGACAACGGCAGUGACGUGAACUCACCUCAACAAGUCCGACCGCCGGAAACCGUAGAAAUCCGAUUCAAACGAGGUUCGAGAAGGAGACAAAGGCAGGAGGAGGAGGGCGGCAUUAGUAAAGUGGUUGAAAAGCAAGUCAAGGAUUGGGAUUCGAUGAGCGUGAGUGAGAAGGCUGUGGAGCUGUAUGUGGGCGAAAAAGGUCUGCUGUUUUGGCUCAACAAGUUUGCUUAUGCAUCCAUAUUCAUCGUGAUCGGGGGAUGGAUUCUCUUCCGAUUUGUGGGGCCAUCUCUAAACCUGUACCAGCUCGACGCUCCUCCCUUGCCUCCAUCCGCUAUGUUGAAGUCCUAAUUAUAGCAUAUGUUGUAUUCAAUCAUCAAAUUUUAUUUUGUAUUCUCUGUAUCUUUGAUAUAAAUAGAAUGAUACCAACAAACUCCAAUAUCACCAUAUCCUAGCUACUUUUAGGAAUGAAUGGGAAUGGGAUGGAUGGUGGAAAAUAGAAGCAGAGAAGCAACGGACAGAAAAUAAUGUUUGGAGAGAAAAUGGAGGAGCAAGGCAAAUAUAUAACAAAUGGAAGGAUGAGAAGGAGAAAUAAUCAUAGUAAUAAAAAGGUGUUAUUGAUAGGCGUAAUGUAUAGAAUAGGUAAUGGUCAUCGGGCGGUGGGUGUGUAGGGUCUCCUUGAAUAUCUGCAGUGAUCUUGAGGAGGUCUUUUCAUAUCCCCUCAAACUCUCUCAUAGUUGUCUGGAAACCAAGGAGAAGAAGAGGAGAGGUGGAGGAGGAGGAGGAAAAGAAGGAUCAAAGAAGAGCGUGGUUGAAGCCAAGCUGGUGGGCCUUAUGGAUGUGUUGGGACUAAUCAGGAUUAGGGUGCGGCGAGGGAUCAAUCUGGCUGUCCGCGACACGCUCAGCAGCGAUCCCUACUGCGUGGUCUCGUGCGCCAACCAGAAGGUCAAGACUAAGGUUGUAAGGGGAAACUGCAACCCAGUGUGGAACGAGGAGCUCACAAUCUACAUCAAGGAUUUCGAUUCACCCAUAGUGCUGUCUGUGUACGACAAGGACACAUUCACGGUAGACGACAGCAUGGGAAGCGCGCAGAUAGACAUAGAGCCGCUGAUAAAGUGCCUGAAGAUGGGGCUGCAGAGCCUCCCCGACGGCACCAAAGUGGAGAGGGUGCACCCCACCAAGGAGAACUGCCUCGCUGAAGAGAGCGCCGUCGUGUGGAACAAAGGCAAGAUGACACAAGACAUGAUCCUCAGACUCAACGAUGUCGAAUGCGGCCAAGUCCAAGUCCAGAUCGAAUGGAUUGAGAUCCCCGGUUGCAAAGGCCUCAAGGUCUAGCUACCUACCUUCAUCAACCUACCUCCAUACCAAUCAUUUUAAACAUCCAACUUCAUGUCUAAUUUACAAUUUUCUACUCACUAAUGUACACCUACACAAUUCUUUCAUUUAUUCAAUCAAUUCUCAAGCUUCCAAAACCCAAAUAUCCGAAAAAGGGAUCUUCUCCACACAAGGGGGGACAGACUCUACUUCUUCAUCAAAAUUUAGAUUUUACUCCAUUUAACAACCGCCGAGUAUAUAUAUAUAUUUUACUGUCAUGCUACAUAUGUUAUGUAGGUACUGCUUAUGUUUACUCCACACUAUUAUCUUUUUACUUUAUAUUA